UAAGGACAUAUAUUUUGUGGAUAAUAUAAAAAAAAUAAAAUUCAAUUAUUUUACUUUUAACGAUAUAUAUACAGACCAUGGGGGUUAUAGUGGUAUAUCCCCUUCCCAUAAAAAUAAUGACCCUAACGAUGAAUAUGAAGAUAUAAAUAUAAACACAAAUGAAAGAAUAUAUACAAGUGAAAAAAAAAAUACAAAUGAAAAAAUAUAUACAAAUGAAAAAAUAUAUGCAAAUGAAAAAAUAUAUACAAAUGAAAAAAUAAAUACAAAUAUAUAUACAAAUGAAAAAAUAAAUACAAAUAUAUAUACAAAUGAAAAAAUAAAUACAAAUAUAUAUACAAAUGUAUGUAAAAAUAAUCCAUUUAAAAAUGUUAUAUAUGAUAUCAAAUUAUUAUACCCCACGUCCGAUAUAAAAACAUGUAAUAAAAAUGAAUAUGCCUUAUUAAAUAAUGUACCUAAAGAAUAUAAUAAAUUGGAUACAUUAAAAAGAAAUAAAGAUUGUUCGAAUCCACUUUUUAUAAAUAUAAAAAUAAAAAAUUUAAAUAUAAAUAUCACAUUAAAAGAUUUAUUAUAUUUAAUAAAUAAGUUCAAAGAAAUAAAUUAUUUUAUAACAUAUUAUGAAGAUAUAAAUGUAUUAUUGUUUUAUAAGUUAUCUAGAGAAAUGUUAUGUAACCAAUAUAUAUGUAAAAUAAAAAAAGAAAAAAGAAAUACAUCUUCUAUACAAUUUUUU